AUGGCUUCUAUGUUGCAUAGCGGAGACGCUGGACUGGAAUAUAUGUUCAAGUUCGGUUAUACGAUCGUGCUUGUCACGGUCGCCAUCAUGAUUUGGGCAUCGCUCGCACGGGCUCGUGAGAUCGACACCCAGAACCAUCCACCAUGUGCCUUCAAUCCGCUGUGCUCCUGCUCCAAGAGCGCCCCGGAUCUGGGCAUCGUCAACUGCCGUGGUGUAUUGUUUCCCGCCGUACCUAAAGUCAUCAACAGUUCCAAGCUGUUUAUGCUGACGAUGGAUAGAACGGGUUUGCGGGAGCUGGAACCCUACUUCCUGCAAUCAACCGGUCUGUAUCGGCUGGAAAUUGCCAACAACCCGCUGACGGAACUGCCGGACGAGGCACUGUACGGGUUGGAGCGGACGCUGUGGGAGCUAGUGCUGGAGCACAACCAGCUGGUGGACGUGCCGUCCCGCACCAUUCGCGAUCUGCGCAAGUUGCGCUUGUUGAGUUUGCGGGGCAACGAAAUCACCAUGGUUGCGCCGGACACAUUCCGGGGUGUUGAGACCACCCUGCAAACCCUGAUACUGGCCGACAACUCCAUCACACAGCUUGCACCGAACACACUGGCCGGGUUGCCAAACCUAGAAACGCUCGACCUGUCCGGCAACGGGUUGAUGCAGCUGGACGCGACUGUGUUUCGCGAUGGUUUAGGUAAGCUGUCGAAGCUCUCGCUGGCGGACAACCUACUGCAGCACGUCCCAUACGAAGCAGUGAGCGUGCUGAGCCGCCUCCGUAUGCUCGAUCUCUCCCGCAACCGUUUGCAGGAUCUCGCACUGGAUGAUGAUGAACAGCGGGCUCCGGGCAUGCCCGGCGGUAACUUCCGGCUGACGCUGGAUUCACUGAACUUGAGCUACAAUGAAAUAGAAGCACUACCGGCGGCAUCGUUCACACAGUUUGAUACGGCGAACGUGACGCUGCUGGACGGCAAUCCGCUCAGCGUGAUCGAGGACAACGCGUUCCGGUCGGCGAAGAUACGCGAACUGUACGUCCGCCACUGCGAUCUCGAUCACGUAGAACCAGAAGCAUUCUCGGGACUGGAGCAUUAUCUGCAGGUGCUUGACCUGUCCGGGAACAAUCUGACCGAGGUGGCCGACAAUCUGUUUCGGGGAUUCGAUAAUUUACGGUAUCUGAACGUCAAGGAUAACUUGUUACGUCAUCCAGAUCAACGGAAUGCUUCCCCAUUCGCUCGAUUGAAUCUGCACCGGCUGGAGGCAGUGGGCCAGCGGAACCAACCUGUCACGCUCGCAGAUCUGGGCAGUAUGCGUAAUCUGCGUUCCCUGGCCAUCUCCAACGUGCCAUCCACUAGCCUAGGUCCGGACGAGUUCACAAACUUUAGCCCGGAACUGGAGGAGCUGCGUCUCAACAGAGCCGCAUUGAAGGUAAUCAAGGCACACGCCUUCACGCACGUUCGGGGCCUCAAGCGCCUCGAUCUGAGCGAAAACCGCAUCGACUCGAUCGAACCGGACGCGUUCACCGACGUCGGCCAUUCGCUCGUAUCGCUCCGUGCGUCCCACGGACUCGGCUCGCAGCUGGUCGUGUUUCCGAUCGAGGCGUUCCGCAAGCUAACCGCACUGGAGGCACUCGAUCUGAGCAACAACCGGCUGAAGGCGGUCGGUGACACCAGCUUCCAUAUGCUCCGCAACCUGGUCAGUCUCGAGCUGCACGACAACCAGAUCGACGUGCUUGCCAAGGGUACGUUCCAGGCGGACAUCCACACGAAGCUGAUGAUGAUUUCGCUGAGCUACAACAACAUCAAGCAGCUUUUGUCGCACACGUUCGUCGAUCUGGAGGAGCUGGAGGCACUGCUGCUGGAGGACAAUCGAAUCGAAACUAUUGAAAAGCGUACGUUCAUGAACCUGAGCAAUUUGAAACUGAUCAAUCUGCGAGGAAAUCGACUGAGCAAAAUAGCGGACGAAGCGUUCCAGAAUUUACCGGAACUGGAGAAGUUGGACCUAGCAUACAAUUCGCUGACUGCCUUCGAUUUCAUGUAUCUCGAUCAGGUUGGUUCACUAACUUCGCUGGAAGUGGAUGUGAGCUACAACAAAAUAAAAACGCUAGGCAUGGUGGAAAAUGUUACCGAAACUUCCGGUCAUGGCAAUCGGGAACAGCAGCAGCAGCAGCAGCAGCAGCAGCAGCAACAACAGCACCUGCCUACCAUACACUCCAACAUUCGUUCGCUCGACUUCAGCAGUAACAACAUCUCCCGAAUCGUGCCCGGUUAUUUCCGUCCAACCGAGUUGUCGCUAAUGCGGCUGGUGCUCCGUGGCAACAACCUGGCCACGAUCACACGCGAGCUGUUCGGGAACAUGCCCCAUCUGCACUGGCUCGAUUUGUCCGACAACGAGAUUACAGAUCUGGAGUACGACACGCUGCGCACUACCCGCAAGCUGCAGGUACUAAUGCUCUCCCGGAACCAGCUGACGGAGGUGCCCGCCGAGUUGUUCCGCAAUGUGCACAGCUUGCGUGUGCUGGAGCUGGCGCACAACAACUUGAAGUAUCUGCCGGACAAUCUGCUGCUGAGCGAAGGUCUGGAACGGCUGGACGUGUCGCACAACCAGUUCACGAAGAUACCCGUUACCGCCCUGUCCAACAUGGCAGCGCUGUCUCUGUGCGAGUUGGACCUCAGCCACAACCACAUCGGAGCCAUCCACAGCAUCGAUCUGAGCAACAAAUUUCGCUCACUGUCUUGGCUGGAUCUAUCACACAACCGGCUCGUGCGGCUGGAAGAUGCGGCCUUUGCUACACUACCGCGACUCUCUGUGCUCAAUCUUUCCCAUAACGACGAGCUGGAAGUGAUGGGCAAAGCGUUUGUCGGGCUGGAAAACAGUCUGAUCGAGCUACAGUUGGCCAAUGUUUCGCUCAGCUCAGUGCCGGAGCUAUCGAAUCCUUCGCUGCGUGCCCUGCAAAUCUCUCACAACGAUCUACCCUCCAUUCCACCGGAGCUUGCCGCUAACAUGACCUCCCUGAGGAUGCUGGACCUGUCGGAAAAUGAUCUAACCAGCGUUCCACUGAUCACACACUCACUGCCGAACCUGAAACAUCUUUCACUCUCCGGUAAUCCCAUCACAACGCUCUCCAACACGAGUUUGCUUGGAGCUGCGGACACUUUGGAACAUUUAGACAUUGCCAACCUCAACCUGCACUCCAUUGAGACAGGGGUGCUGAACAAACUUCACUAUCUGCGUUCGCUGAGACUAUCGACCUUCCCGGCCAUUCCCAACUUCAACAUCCCGCGCAUACUGGAGAAUGCAAACAACCUGCGCGAACUUUGGAUAGAAGCUGCGAAACCACCGUCCGCCUCCGGUACAAUCUCGGGCAGCACCGGUACUACGUCGAAGGCGUCGAAGCCCAUCGCAGUGGCCGCUACAGACCUGCGCCGCGAAAUGGAUGGUCUGCUGCCCCACAAGCUGCAAAGCAUUACGUUCGGUGGUGUUGGCUUUAGCAGGCUUUCCGAUACUGUGCUCAAGGGUGCCCGGUCGGCUACGCUGCACUUCCGUCUGCACAACACCUCGCUGGUCGCACUGCCCGGCAACCUGUUCCGCCAUAUGGGCAAACCGGUGCGCAACGUAACCGUCACAAUUGACGAUGAUAACGAUCUGCUGCAAAGCGUACCCAAUCCAAACACGGCACAUUAUCUUGCCCUGCCGGAGCACGUCUUCCUGACCGAGCUCCAGAUCGGUGGCAGCGUCUUGAACUGCGACUGUGAGAUAGGCUGGGUCGAAUUCUGGCAGCGGAAACGACGUCAAUAUCUCUGUCCCGCCAAUCCGUGGACCGAGACGAGUCUGACCAACUACUUCAAACACACCACACCGUUGGCGUACGCGAAGGGUUCCGACUGUGGCGAUUCGGCCAACGAGCUCCGUCAGGCACGGUGCAGCAACAAGAACAACGAUCUACUGCUGGAUGUCCUGAAGAAGGAUCUGGAGUGUGGUUGGGGCAGUACGGGCAACCGGUUGGGCAUCGUACCGGCGAUCGCGUUCGUGCUCGUGUUCAUCGUACUACUCAUCUGA